AUGGGCGCCUUCCCAUCCGAUGACUACGCCAGGGGCCUUAAAGACAUGGACUUCGACAGAGGUCACGUACCGAUGCAACGGAGCCUUGGACUAAACUGGGACCUAAAGGCAGAUACGUUCACCUCCAAAGUGCCCGUAAAAGACACCCCGAAUACGUAUCCUGCUACGACGCGGCGUAGGAUACGACGCGGCGUACUAUCCACUGUGAACAGCCUAUACGACCCCCUAGGAUUCACAGCCCCAGUGACAGUACAAGGUAGGCUGUUGCUGAGAGAUAUUUCUUCAGAAACGUCAGAUUGGGAUGCCCAUCUCGACCUGAAUGACAACUGGCUAACGUGGCGAGACUCCUUACAUCAUCUUGAACGGCUCAAGAUACCACGCCAGUACACUGCAAUCUCUCUCUCCGACGCCCGUCGACGGAAAAUCUGCGUAUUCUGCGAUGCCUCAGAAAAGGCAAUCGCCGCUGUGGCGUACAUCAGAGUCACAGAUGCUGAUGGAAUGCAACUCGUGGGUUUUGUGUUUGGAAAAGCAAAGCUAGCGCCGCGCCCCGAACAGACCAUUCCAAGACUUGAGCUAUGUGCCGCUGUGCUCGCCGUCGAUAUCACAGAGUUAGUCGUCAGCGAGAUCGAUGCUCACAUCGAUGACAUUAAAUUCUACACGGACAGCAAAGUUGUGCUCGGAUACAUCUUCAAUCAAUCGAGGCGUUUCUACCUCUAUGUCAGCAACCGUGUGAACCGCAUACGAAGAUCUACGAAGCCCGAACAAUGGCAUUACGUUCCCACCGGUCAGAACCCUGCAGAUCACGCCACUAGACCUGUGGCUGCAGAUGCUUUGGCUGGCACGACUUGGCUAACAGGACCGAAAUUUCUCCGGGAAUGUACGGACGCACAGAGAGAGCGCACAGCCUUCCCGCUUUUUGAACCAGAUCAGGACAAGGAAAUCCGUCCUCAAAUGGCUGUCUCGGCAACUCGCGUAGGAAAUCGACAACUGGGGGCUCAUCGCUUCGAGCGCUUUUCGACAUGGACAUCUCUACUGCGGGCCGUGGCAUGCCUGGUGCAUAUCGCUCGUUCCUUUCAUAACCCUUUGGCUGAUUGUCACGGAUGGCAUUACUGCAGCAAACCGCGAAGCGCGGAUGAGCUGAACGAGGCGAAGGAAGUAAUCCUUCGUUGUGUCCAACACGAAGAAUUUCCAGAAGCUGUCACAUGUCCCCAUACGGACGCAGCUCAACAAAGUCGCAUUUCGUUCAGCAACCCUUUGUGUGAACUCGACCCGUUCGUCGACAAUCAGGGCCUGUUGAGAGUUGGUGGACGCCUACGGAACUCCGACCUCCACGAAGCGGAAAAGCAUCCAGUCAUCGUUUCGGGUCGCCAUCAUGUAGGCUUAUUGCUGAUACGGCACUAUCAUGGAAAGGUUAAACAUCAAGGGCGACACUUCACCGAAGGAGCUAUUAGAGCUGCCGGGUUUUGGAUUAUCGGCGGAAAAAGAUGCAUCAGCGCCAUGAUUCAUCACUGUAUCACAUGCCGCAAACUUCGAAGAAAACUGGAGCAUCAGAAGAUGGCCGACUUGCCUGAAGAUAGGCUAAGCGCGGACCCUCCGUUCACCUACGUGGGACUGGACGUUUUCGGCCCUUGGAUGGUUGCCUCACGUCGCACAAGGGGCGGUCUGGCCCACAACAAAAGGUGGGCAGUCUUAUUCACAUGCAUGGCCAUUCGUGCAGUGCACGAGGUCAUUGAGUCAAUGGAUACGUCCAGCUUCAUUAACGCCCUGCGAAGAUUCCUUGCGCUCAGAGGCCCAGUGAAGCAGCUCUGUUCAGACAGGGGCACGAAAUUCGUUGGUGCCUGCUCUGAGCUCAAGAUGUCGGCUGUUGGCUUCGAACUUCGUAAAGUUCAACGCUUCUUGAGCGAGCAAGGCUGCACCUGGAUUUUCAAUACACCUCAUUCCUCCCACAUGGGUGGCGUGUGGGAACGCAUGAUAGGCAUGGCUCGCCGCAUCCUAGAUUCAAUGCUUCUGAACGACGGCUCUCCUCGCUUCUCCCAUGAGGUCUUGACCACAUUCCUAGCAGAAGUGACCGCCAUUAUGAACGGCAGACCAUUGGUUCCAGUCUCCUCUGAUCCCGAAUGUCCCUCAGCGCUCUCCCCUGCAAUGGUCCUGACGAAAAAACCUACGUCGUCAACAGCACCUCCUGGAGAUUUUAAAAGUCUUCAUGUGACGCAGUGGAAACAAGUUCAAGCUCUUGCCAACAGCUUCUGGCAUGGCUGGAGAACCCAGUUCCUGCCCACCAUUCAACGCAAGUGGAAAACCGAUCGACCUAAUCUUCAAGCUGGCGAUCUUGUGCUGCUGAAAGACGUAGGCGCUAGACGCAACGAGUGGCCAAUGGGACGAAUCAGUGCUGUGCGGCGAGGGAAAGACGGUAAGGUGCGCAAGGUGCAACUCCAGACAGUUAAAGACGGCAAGAAGAAAACCUUUGAACGACCGGUCUCCGAGAUGGUUCUUCUGUUGUCGCCGGAUCAAAGUGACUGA